AAGCCGUGCGAAGUGUUAUGGAAAGAGCGCAUAUAAAGGUGUGGAGAGACUGCCGACCAGAAUCAGCCAAUACGAAGCGUUAUCUCAAGGCUAACCUCAUUAGGGAAAAUUGCCAAUAUGGACGUUACGUGGAGUAGCAGCUUGACAGCUUUGUCAGCAACCUUGGCCUAGAAUGAGGAGACCGGACGUCAAGUAUCAUCACACAACUUCUUUCGAUGUUGUCUCCAGUAGUGUGAUGGUGAACACUGGGCAGCCCAGUCGAGCCUGCGAUCCAUGCAAGGAGAGGCAUACCAAGUGUGACGAACGUCGCCCGCAGUGCUCUCGGUGCGAGAAAGCUGGUCGUAAGUGUACAGGAUACAAAAACGAUUUCGACAUCAAUCUCCGGAAUGAGACCCACGUCGUCGCCCGGCGUGUGCGUGCUCGCGAGACUUACUUCCAGAGGCUUCAGACUUCAUUGCCAGUUCCUGCUGAGCAGCAAGCAAUAGCAUUGUUCUUCGAGAACUUCGUCCUGGAGCCUAGCGAUUCCAGAUACUCCAGGGGCUUCCUAGCCGGCCUUGCACCGUUGUUACGAACUGCACGACCGGACUCUGUCCUGUCAAGUACUGUCGAAGCAGUGGGGUUGUGCUUCCUCGAGAGAAGUGUAGGCAGCAAUUUGACUGCCUCGCGAGCAGGGCCAAGCUAUGUUCGCUGUCUGAACAUUUUGCGGACAACGUUGCUUCACGAAGAGGACUCCGUUUCCACUGAGACGAUGAUAUCGGUGUACUUGAUGGGAUUGUAUGAGAUCAUGAUGCCUCCGAAAAAGGAUCUUCACCCUUGGUUGGCUCAUCUCAACGGUCUCACUGCAAUCCAAAAGGCACGUAACAAAAAGACAGGCCUCUGCUUUCCCGGUUUCGGUGUCGUCGGUGCACCGAACAGCGCCCUCGAUGGAUCUUCUUGGGUUGUAAAUAUCAAUAGCCCUGCCGACGGGUGGCUUGUGGACGACUCUGGUAAAAAGGAAGGGAUCCUGUACAGUGAGUGUGUCACAGGACGUGCUCUGAGAUCCAUUUCCUUCGCAAAUGGACCAUCGAUACACACCUCCAUUGACGGCCUUGUCUUGCGAGCCCAACACAUUCUGCAAGUAGCACCGUCAUUGCUCGAGAGCCUCCAUCCUGAGGCAACAGCAAAUGUCCGACGUCUUCUUUCUGCGGCACGUUCUCUGUUGUCAAGCUUCGAAGACUGGCCAUCAAGGAUCCCUGAUGACUGGCAACCCAGGACCAUGAAUCAUCAGAUCGACGCAUCUGAGCUCUCUAGUCUGGACAUAUAUCCUGGCAGGAUUGACGUAUAUCCUGACUUGUAUGUAGCCGCUGUGUGGAACACGUAUCGCACAACCUUGUUGCGACUAUGCGACGUGAUCGCACAGUGUGGCCAAUACCUAGAAACUGAUGCCAUGCCAUUCGGAGAGACUGCAGAGUACCAGGUAUUGCGUACCAUUGCCAGUAAGACAGCCGAAGACAUAUGCUCAUCAGUUGCGUGUCACAUCAACAAUGAUUGGAUGCAACGCAUCGCUGCCACUAGCUUCCAGAGGUCUCCGAAAGCGUUGGGAGGCCUUCACCUAACGUGGCCACUCUACGCUGGAAGCGUUCUCUCGAUUGUGCCCGACGUACAUCGUGGCUGGAUGAGGCGGAAACUCAGAUCGAUUGGCGUUGCGUUCGGACUGGCGCAGGCAAUCGUGCUCGCUGAUACAGUGGAUUUGCGAACCCGUACCGAUCCUUUCAAGCCAUUGAUUCUUGCUCAGGGACACGUAUUCAUGUGGAGUGCUAGCAUGUUCUGAAACUUCAACGGGCUCACCGACUUGAUGAUGCCAUGAUUGGUCGGGUGCUGUCGUCACGGAGAAGA